CGUGCUUGUGCUCCGUUCGUCUGUGCUCUCACCGGAGCCUGCGCCCAUGCCGAUCAUCUGCGGACGAUCGCUCGCGAUCCGCGCGUGUUGUGUGUGCCCUGUGCCUGUGCUUGUGUUGUGCCCGCUGUUAUCAGCAUCGCCUGGAUCCUGCAACCUACCUCAACGACCGGAGAGCACGUUUGAUGGAGGCAGCCUCUAUUUUAGGCCUGCUACAAGCUCGAGUAGCAUUGGUCCCGGGAGGCCGAGACAGAGAAGGAAGGCCCAUUCUCAUAGUGCCUGCACCUCCAGAGACGCAGAUUUGGAAUAAAAACCGAUUAGAUACAGUUCUCAGAUACUUCGCUUCUAUAUUCAGUCCGGACACACGGCGGAAUGGGGUGUGUGCGAUCGUGGACGCGCAGGCGAGCUCGUGGCGAAUGGCCCGACUGGUGGUGCGCCAGGUGAGCGAGACUCUCGGCAGAGACGUUUCAGCGCUCAUAGUUCUUCGGCCGGAGGCCUUCUGGGACAAGCAACGCGUCGACAACUGCGCCCGAUCUCACAAGGAUGGAGAGCCUACCUACACACCGCUGUCCAGAUUGCACAAGUAUGUCGACCCAUCGCAGCUGCCUGCAGAAUUGAACGGUACCUGGCACUAUAACCAUGAUCAGUGGAUUCACAAUCGAAAUCACGUGGAGGUGUUCGUGAAGGAUGCAGAGAAUGCCGUCGCCGAAUUGGAGCGCCUUCGCCUGAGGCUCGGGGGAGACAAAGAUGCUCUGCGACUCAGCACAGCCGAGGCCUCUCUGUCCAUAAGCGCCGACCUCUACUGUUUCGCCAAAGAUCUCGCUGCUAAGGCCCUACACCAGGGACGAAGCCUUUUAGAACGAAUAGAUCGGGAUUUUGCUUACCUAGAAACUUUACCGCAAGAUCUAAUCGAUACUAAAGAUAGAGUAAAUAAACUCCUAGAAAUUAUAGAACAAAAAUUGAUUCUCGUUGAGGAAGCAUGGAUCAAUUUACAUAGGAAAAUAUUCAAUGCCAAAGAGAUAGAUGCUCUUGAGGAGGGUGUUCGGCGGGUGACCGAUUGGGUUCUGGGACCCGGUGAGACGAUGCUCAACACUCAACAGGAAGUGGGCUACGACGUCGCCUCUUCGGAGGAUUUCCGCCGGGACCACGAGGCCCUCGAGCUCCAGUGUCGGGAAACGUACGGCCAUUUUGCGGAGCUUCUACAUAAAAUAGAUACUCUAGCGCAGAAUGGAGUAACCCUUCCUGAAGACUUAAAAGCCCAAAGAGACUUCAUGAACUUCGUCUGCAGAAGUUUUGCAACUCGACUGGAGAGGAGGCGGAAUAUUCUCAUUACGUCAUCUAGGUUUUUCAGGCUGGUCGCUGAAUAUUUCCAAACGACGAGUGAAGUUUACGAAAAUCUUGUCAUGUCAACCGACAUCGAAAACUCCGAGACUGCCCACUAUACAUUAUUAGAGUUGCAAGACUGUCAAGUCAACAUCGACAAUCUGGAGAACGAGAUAGUGCGAGAAGGCGAAAAGCUCUCGGAUUUACUAUCGAUGCCGGUGAAAGACGCCCUGGGCUGCGAGUUGGAGGUGGACUACGAAGGCGAUAUCAUCAACGUCCGAGAGAUUCUGGAUAUGACGACCGCUCGGAGGCAGCUCUUCAGGGACAGCGUCGAGCUCCAAAGACUCACCCUCCAGCAGGUCACCCACAUCCACGACUAUGAAAACGACGCUACGCAGGCGGUGCAGUGGUUGGAGGACUUAUUUCACGUUUUGCUCAAAUCUCAUUCCUACGUUGGAUCAAACAUUUACGAAAUUCAAAUGCAAAAAGACCGUCUUCAAGCAUUCCAAGAAACGGCAAAGGCAUCGUAUGAGUACGGGUGUCAGCUAUUAAAUGCCGCGUUGACUUUGCGACAGUCGUGUAAGUUACCGCAAGAGAAGAACGGAGAACUGACGAAUAACUUAUGGCAAGCCUGGAAGAAACUCAAUCUAGUCGGCCAGGAGCAGCUGACUCGUCUCCGUGUCUCAGCCGUUUUUUAUAGGACUGUUCAGCAGCAAUGCAAACAACUAAAUGAGCUCUUGAAGACAUUAAAAGAGAUGGAGCUGGAGGAAGGAGCGGCGGGGAAGGGGAAAUGGCGUGUGAGAGUGAAACGGCUAUUGGCCAGCCGGGAGAGACUUCUUCUUGAGGUCGGACGCAUGGUCAGACUUGGCCGACUACUUCGGACACGGCUCAAGGAACCACUUUGCCAAGAAUUAGCGAAUGACGAAAGCAAUUCCACUGCCAUUGCGGCCAUUGCCGAGCAAUUGUCCGAAGUGACGGGAUCAGCCGAGAAAUUGGAUGCAGCUCUUUGUGGCUCGCAAUCCGAAGUCAAAAAAAUCCUCGAAGGCAUCUUUUCAUCCGUUCCAUCAUCUGAGGAAUGGUUUUCUAGUCUACCCAAGCCGAAAUCCGAGGAUGGACACGAGAACCGAUCCGACGAGGACUUCCUGACGGCAUCGGAGAGCACCCCCGGGGGCACGCCUGAGGGGACGCCGCCCUCGCAGGCCUCCUUCCAGACGGCGUCCGAGGGCGACCCGUGGUGGGACGAAACCGGCUCUGAUCUCGAACUCAUCGAUGAGAAACAAUCCACACCCGAGGCAUCCACGUCGAGCCCAGAAGUACCAAAACCUGAGCAAGACAAGUCACCGCCUCCUCCGCCAGAGGACACCCUCGUAGAGGGCGCGACCCUGAAUGAUCCACCAGAAGAAUUCACGACUCCACCUCUGGGAGACUCGACCCCAGAUCCAAAAGAGGGGUCCUCGAAAAGCGACUCGGAACAGUGCAGCUCACCCGCCUCGGAGGAAUCCACGUCGGGGUCAAGUUCCAAAAUGGCAGACCCAAGCCCCAAAAUGGCGGACCCCGAGGCGAAAGGCCCCUCCAAGGGUGACUUGCCCAACGGCGAACUUCCCGAACGAUCCAAGCUCGAGCGGAACAACAACGACUCCGAUUGUCUCUCCAAGAACUACUACGGAGAGCUCGCCCGGCAAGCAAUGACAGGCGUCUUUACAUGAUCAGUGUCAACGCGAUUCAUGUUACAUUGAAACUCAAGUUAAAAACCUUACGUCAUGCCACGUCUCACCCACGUGAAACACUAUAAAAAUGGACCUUGGCCCCCAGCCCCCCCCCCAAAUUUUAGCGUACCCCAAAAUCGUUUGACAAACAUAAAGAGGCCACAAAUAUGGUCUUCUCUGCAAAUUUUGAAUGAAAUCGAACAGAUAGAUUCUGAGAUGUCGCUGUUCACAGAUUUGGGGGACGCCUGACGGACGGACACACAUUUUUCAAGUAUGGUUAUUUUGACUCCUGGGACCUUAAAACGUCUAGGAAUGAUGAAAUUUCAACUUUUUUUCUCCCCCUUGCAGGAUGAUAAUACUUCCUCUACCCUAGGGUAGCGAGAAAGUAAGAAUCUUAAGCUGUCUAAAAACGAACUCCAAUAGAGGGACCUUGUGUUUUAGUGUGUUUGAAAGGUUUGAAAACUCAGUCGAGAGGAGGGCAGUUUCGGGUUUCCCUUUUAUUGAUACAAUUUUGACUUUUCACAAUUUUCAUCCAGGAAGGCGUAAGGGGCGUGCGUCCCCUCCCCCUUCUUCC